AUGGGGAUCGUAGCAUUCAACUGGACAGAGGAAGGCAACAACCAACUGAUGCUGCUGAUGAACCGAGACAACUGGGAAUCCAGAGUCAUAAGAGCGACGGCUUGGGAUGACACUGAGCAAAUCGUGUGUGGCCGCUGUGAAGAGAACUCUGGUACGUGGUUAGGUAUUUCUAAGAGCGGCCGAGUCUCUUUUCUCGUCGGUUCGGCUAUAACGUUCGACCAAAUUGGACAUCAAGGCAGCUCGGAGAUGUACCCUGUCCGUUUCCUAAAUGAAAACUCUAGUCCAAUGCAGUUUGCGGAACACUUGGCACAAGAUGAAGAUUUGGAGCAAUGGCACACCUAUAGCCUUAUUGUUGCAGACCUGAAUAUGCAAUCAAUGGUUCAUAUCAGGAAACCCUUAGCACAUGAGACUAAACUCAUAAUAGAAACCGUUCCCUUUGGUGUUCACACUUUGUCCCGCCGGGGUCUCGAUUCCACGGAAUUUCUCAGGGUUACACGGCUAAGAGACCUAUUCAAUGAUUUGGUACUUGAAUUUGGAGACCAUGACCAACUUCCACCGUUGGACCAGAUCGCUGGCAUGUUUAUGUAUGAUUCUGAAGGAACCAAUGCUUUAUGUCUCGACACUAAUGAAUAUCAUCUAUUGCUUGGAAGGCAAGAACGCUACGGAACAACAAGUACGACAGCAUUGGUGGUGAAACGCACUAGGGAAGUGAUGUUCUUUGAGAGGUUCAGGGACAUUAAUGGGGAAUGGGACUGUAUCGAGCACAACUUCAAUCUCAACAUCCAGUAA